ACGAACGUUGGCACCCGUUCGCGGCCAGCAGUCAGUUUUAAUUUUCGACCCACGGCUUGCCACCAUGCUGCGCAAGACGACCUCGGGCCUCGUCCUCCUGGCGGCAGCCGCGGGUGCGGUCGAGUGGAACCAGUCGACCGGCUACCAAGUCGCGGUCUCCUUCAAAGGCUGGAGCAACUUUUCGCCGCUCAACGGCGGCUGCGUCACGUGCCCGUACACGUGCGUGCGCCCGGCGACGGGCCCGGAUGGCCUCGCGCUCAAUUUUACGAACGCGACCAUGAUUCAAAACCUGCCGGCCAUCUACUCGACGCCCGUGUCCAACGGCUGCUGCUACGCGUCGCCGUCCAAGAGCAAGGUCAUGCCGAGCUGCAACGCCGAGGCCAACCCGACGACGACGGAAGACUGCGGCUUCCUCUAUGGCCCGACGCUCAAGUGGAGUGUGACGGACACGAGCAACCCGCCCAACACGAAGAAGCCGCUGCGCGCGAUGCUCAUGGCGUCGACGGAUUGCAAAAACUUUUGGGCGGUCCAGCAGACGUACGUCAAGAUGGAAGGUAUCGCGACGUCCAUCAACAUUACGGGCUCGAAACAGAUCAAUGGCGGCUGCUACGGCUCGCAGCAAGGCUCGGCGAUCAUCCUUGCCGGCUGCCUCUCGACCGAGCUUACGUUUGACAAGUCGGCGACCUACACGUGGGACAAGCUCGCGACCAAGUGCACGGGCCUUUCCGGGCAGUGCACGCGCACGAACGCGCUCUGGGGCAAGAACCUCAAGUGCUGCCUCGGUGACGGCAUUGACUCUGCGCCGUGGGACACGCAGUGGGAGUUUUACCACAAGAAGGUGUCGCCCGGUAUCGAGCUGUCGGGGCCCUUGGUCACGCUCAUUGUCUUUUUGGGCGUCGGGCUCCUCAUGGCCUGCGUCCACUUUGGCUCCAAGGUGCGCACCCGUGCCAAGCAGACGGCGUUGAUGCGCGAGCAAGAAGCGUCGGAGGAUUACGAAGAGGUCAUGACGCCGCUCACGGGCGACAAGCGCCCCGCCAACACCAACAACCGGUCGAUGCACCAGAACCCCGACCUCAUUGAGCACUCGCUCCACGAAGGCGACCAGAUUUAUAAGAAGAAGGAGGACGAAGUUCUCUUCGAAGGCGAUUUGUAUUAAAAAAUAUAUUCCGAGACCCGGCCCCAUGAGACUAUC